ACUAAGAUAGAAAAACACCAAAGAGAUACUAAUAAACCAUAAAGAAACAAGGAUGGUUAAGGAUGCAAAUGAUUGACGUGGAUUACAAACUUUUCAAGAUGCGAUAUCGUGACACAGCUCCUUUAACCCAAGCUGCCUCGAAUUUCAAAACGCUGUACUUGUGAAACGAAGACUUCCAUCGAAGCCAGCAUUUCCCAGGUAACUAAGUGUAUGUAGAGAAUACUCUAAAAGAACAGCUAUCGUAGAAUUCACAGUGGUAAGUAGAUUAACUAAGAACUCUUUAGCCUCUUAUCGUUUAGCAAACGUGCUUUUCUCCAGCCCUGACUGAUGGGUAAUCAGUGGACCACAAAUAGCACUGACAAAAAUAUUUAGUCACUGACUAUUUCCUAUCAUCAAUACUGAACUAAUUACAGACGACUCGUUGAUUACUCAUUUACCCAAUGGAUCAUUGAUUAGUUACGUCUGGUUGUGGUUGAUUUGAGUAUUUUCCAGAAUAUUUGCUUUCACCGCAAAAUUGGGCUCAACGGAGCCAGACGCGAGUAAACUGAUGUUCUUCAAUGGUUCGGAUUAAAUCACAGCGAUCUUCAUCAAGCCUGACUCCGUAACCUUACAAAUACUUCCGAUAAGCCGUGUUGAAAAUAUUAUAUUCUGCUAUCACCUGAAAUGUUUUAGGAUUACACAGUUCAUUUAUUCGUGGACUGAAGAUGAAAAGAGUUCGCUUAAACCGUCACGUCGAGGUAAAAUGCAAAGCGAACUCUUUUUCUUUCGUGAAUGUUUGGACCAACGCUUCCGAUUCAGGGUUGCCUAAGGCCAUUCUUAUCCAAGAGACCUUGUUGUCUACAGUUCUACACAACAGGGCGUUAAAUAAUCAAAACUCAUUUCAUCUUCUCGUUAGCCCGGGUUGAAAUUCAGCCCAGGUAAAACUGUCUCCAUGUAUACUAAUCGUCUAUUUAUUUCAAGUGGGUUUCAGUGUUUAGAAACCGGGCAGAAAUCUUAGUUUCCAGCCUGAACAGAGAAAAUCGCCCUCUCAUUACAUUUUUCCGACAGUGACUCAUAACCCGGCCUGGUUUUUUUCGUUCCCUUGGCCAAAGAACAGCUUUGAAGAUUAGCCUAAGUUAGCAGGGGGCACACAAGGCACCACUCGACCAUUGCAGUUGUAAUGACACAUAACAAGCGAUUUAUUUAGUGUGAACUGUCUCAGAAGUCUCUGAGAUUAACGCACUUUGUCUUAUAAACCCUAACGCAUUUUUUCUUGUGUUUCUCUGCAGAAAAGCUGAAUAACAGUGUAACAUAUAUUGGGCAAUGUCUACUCAAUCGUCAGGAAACGCAUCUUCAGCAACUCCAUCAGAGCAAGGGGGAUAUUCCGUUAGCGUCAAGGUGUCUUUCGCUAUCCUGCACUCUAUCAUCAUUUUACUGGCCCUAGUCGGAAACGUUUUGGUGAUAUAUAUUCUGUACAGGAAGCUGGAAACCAGACGAUUAACAAGCUUUAUGUACGUGAACUUGGCUGUGGCCGACCUGCUUGUAACCGUAAUUGUGCUGCCACAGUCCAUGCAGUCCAUUCUUAUGAACGGCAAAUGGAUUGAUGGAGGGUUUGGCUUGUUCCUAGUUAAGCUAGUCUAUUUCUUAUUCUUCGUCGUUCUGACGGCGUCCAUCUUCUCCUUAACGGCAGUGUCAUUUGAUUUCUUCUGCGCUAUGGUCCUGCCCAUGCACAAUUUCCCUCGGUUCAGGAACAAGAAAGUUCUGGUUCCGGUCAUUUGGAUCUCUUCAAUGUGCCUAAUGAUUCCCUGGCUAAUUAUCGUUGGAGUCAAAGACUCGCGCAUAGAAUUCAAGUUUUCACGGCUCGGCCCUGUUCAAGCAUCUCUACGCGGAGUUUACCUUUAUCUCGUCAUCGCCAGUUACGUGAUUCCUCUAACUACAAUGAGCGUUCUUUACGGCCAUGUUUGUCAAAAACUACGCACGCACAAAGCACCGGGAGUUACCAUAAACAAUCGCGCCACACACCGAGCCAACGCCACCAAACGCAAAAUCAUUCACAUGUCAAUCGCAAUCGUCGUGGUAUUUGCACUUUGUUGGCUUCCAGCACACGUGUAUCACAUGAUUUUGGCCAUCGAUCUCAACUUGCACUUCUCGCUGCCUAACUACAUCAUGCUGACGUGUUAUUGGUGCGGUCACGCCAACAGCGCAAUCAACCCGUGGCUCUUGAUAUACUUCAAGAAGAGAUUUCGUGUGGUAUUUCGAAGGAUGAUAACACACUCAUUAAGUCGCAUGUCGGUUUCCAGCAAAACGAACGCGAGUGUGAAAAAUCCAGCUCGGGAGUUUAUGCUCGUUCCAGUCACAGAGGUGUACCAAUUCAACAGCAGUGUGUGAAACACAUACCAUUUCAAACUAACACUGUCGUUGUCAACACGGCUAGUGCUUUUAGAAACGUUUUUCUCGCUUUCUUCCACCAUGGCAAAAAAAGAAAUAAACCUUUCCAGGGGAAAUCGCAGUUAUGAACUAUCAAUGGGAAAAUGCUCUGUAACAGCUGAAAGGUGUCUGCAUGAUGGUCUUGGACAUAAACCUCAAACUUCAUACAAGCUGGCUACAAAACAUUGAAUUUGGAACUUUCCUGUCACACGUACAAAGCCAGCGAUAAAUUGAGGUGUUAAUAUCUAAACUUAUAUCAGUAUCAAUACUGAUUUACAUCACAUUGCUUUUAAUUAAUGUUAAGAUCACUAACAGUAAUAUUAAUAUAAAUUUAAUGUCAGCCACAUAUCUUGCACUAGUCUUGCACAUCUUCCAAAAAAGAGCAGAGAAGUUUUUCCAACGAGUUUUUUACAGGGGUGCUAAGUUGUAGAACAGCCUUUCUCAUGAACUCCGAUCUACGGUUUCUUUAAGUGAAUUUGAAGGUAAACAUCGUUAUUACAGCUUUGAAUGAGACACGGCAUCCUUGAAAAGGAGCUUUAGUAAUAUAAUAGGUUUUUAUUCUUAUAAUACUGUAUUAAUUAUUAGUUAGUUUAGUUAUGCAGACUUAGAUUACUAUACUUUUAAAUUAUGCAAAAAAAAUUUUUACCGUGUAUUAAUAAAGUUAUCGACUCGACUAACUCAACUCAAGAAAUAAUAGUCAUCGCGAAUAACAAAAGAAUAAUUACCAGUGAUAUCAAGAAAUAUUAUGCAAAGCUCUUCCAUCGAGACGAAAAUAUAUUUAUCAGAAUGUAUAAUCACGAGACCUCACGUGUCGUAUAGACUCCUCGAGA